AUGGAAGGUGCCGAAGAGCGGCUCCUGCGGGCUCUGAACGAGGCGGGGGAGAUAAAAGAUUCCGGCGAAUGGGCCGCGAGUGCCGGCGUGGAUCACGGCGCGCUAGUCGGAACCAUUAAGAGCCUUCUCGCGUAUGAGAUGAUCGUGGCUGAGGAGAUCGAGCACCAAUCAUGGACGCUCACCGACGAGGCGAAGGGGUAUCUCGACACGGACUCGCCCGAAGCGCAGGUGUUCAACGCCGUGCCAGAUGGCGGCAUCCCAUUGGACGCGCUGAAGAAAUCCCUCGGCGCGGUCGCGGAUAUCGGGAUGAAGCAGGCCAUGGCGAAUAAGUGGCUCGCUAUAAGCAAGGGCGAAGGAGGUCCCUCGGUUCAGCGGAAAGUGGCUUCUAUCGAGGAUAAAGUGCAGCGGCUGCUGACCAGCCUGAGCAAAGGAGAGACCCUCCCCACACCCGACCUGGACUAUCUACACAAGAAGCGCAAGCUCAUUGCGCCCAGCGUGUGGCGCACGUAUUCGCUGGGCAAGGGGGCCAAGUUUGCGUUAGAAAAGAAGAAGGCUGCCACGGACCUCACCAGAGAGAUGAUCCAGAGUGGCGCAUGGAAGUCGGAGGAGUUCAAGCCAUACAAUUUCAACGCGCUCGGUCUGCCCACCGAGGGAGGCCACCUGCACCCGCUCCUGAAAGUGCGCGCCCAGUUCCGCAAGAUCUUCCUCGAGAUGGGCUUCCAAGAGAUGCCGACCAACAACUUCGUGGAGAGCAGCUUCUGGAACUUCGACGCGCUCUUUCAGCCACAGCAGCACCCUGCCAGAGACUCACACGACACCUUCUUUCUCACUGCCCCUGCAGCGACAAAGGAGCUGCCAGAAGACUACCUGCAGCGCGUUAAAACCAUGCACGAGACAGGAGGCCACGGGUCGACCGGGUACGGGUACGACUGGAAGCGGGGCGAGGCGGAGAAGAACCUGCUGCGCACACACACCACGGCGGUGUCCUCCCGCAUGCUGUACCGGCUGGCGCAGGAGGGGUUUCAGCCGCGCAAGUACUUCUCGAUCGAUAGGGUGUUCCGGAAUGAAGCUGUGGACAGGACGCACCUGGCAGAGUUCCACCAGAUUGAAGGUGUGAUCUGCGAUCGAGGCACCACACUGGGCGACCUCAUAGGCGUGCUUAACCAGUUCUUCGCCAGACUCGGCAUCACGCGCCUCCGUUUCAAGCCUGCAUACAACCCCUACACUGAACCCAGCAUGGAAAUCUUCAGCUACCACGAGCAGCUGAAGAAGUGGGUGGAGGUGGGCAACAGCGGCAUGUUCCGCCCUGAGAUGCUCCAGCCAAUGGGCCUCCCCCCUGACGUCUCCGUCAUUGCCUGGGGGCUGUCCCUCGAACGACCCACUAUGAUCCUCUAUCACAUUGACAACAUCCGUGAUCUCUUUGGCCAUAAGGUUGACUUGAAGCUGAUCAAAUCGAAUCCAAUCUGCCGCCUCGGCCUUUGA